AGAAACCAUCAAUGUGUGGUGCAGAUCGUCUUUGAUAUCGCAAAUGACAUUUAUGUUUAAUAUCACUGAAAUGGUUACGCCAUUCUUGAUCCAAUACAUCAAUAAUUCCGAAAAGGUACCGAAAAUGGAUCACUUCAUCAUACCAAAUUUUCCGGUUAAGGACAUGGAACACUGGGGACUCAUCACUUACACAGAAUUAUCAGUUAUCUACGAUGCUAACCAAUAUCCAACCAAUAGGAAAAAAGAAAUAGCAGCGAUAGUAACACAUGAAAUUGCACAUCAAUGGUUUGGUAAUUUGGUCACGCCGUCUUGGUGGUCUUAUCUGUGGUUAAAAGAGGGACUUGCUUCGUUCUUCCAUACAUACAUCAUUGACAAGAUUUUCGUUGAUUGGCGAACAAUGGAUUUUUUUGUGGUUGACAUAUUACACUACUGCUUGAGGAUAGAUAAAGGCAAAUUGAGUCCUAUCACAUUUGAAUUUGAUAACUUUAAAAGACUAGAUUUGCUUUCUUUUAUAAUUUAUUAUAAAGCGUCAACUAUAUUGCGUAUGUUACAAAAUACUAUCACCGAUGAGGUAUUUCGAAAGGGUCUUAUCAUAUAUUUAGCCACGCAUGAAUAUGGAUCAACUACUCCGGAUGAUUUAUGGAACGCCAUGCAAACUGUUUUAGACAAAUCUGAUAUCCCACACGGACAUUAUAAAAUAAAACAAAUAAUGGAUACAUGGACGAAUCAAAACAGUUAUCCCGUGGUGAACGUGAUGAAAAAUUACACAACUGGUGAAAUAACAAUAUUUCAAAAAUGUGUUUGCGGACAGAAAUCUAAUAAUGAGUGGUGGAUACCCAUAACAUUUGCCACGCAGUCCAAUCCGAAUUUCUCCGAUACUGCACCCCGAUAUUUGUUACAACCAAAUCAAAAUAUAACCUUUAAAAUUGAUCCAAAUGAUUGGAUUAUUGUUAAUAUACAACAAAUUGGUAAAUAUGGUUCAAUUAAUUAA